AUGGAUCAAAGAAAGAAGAAGAAGGAGAGCGAGACGGCUUCUGCUAGUGAUCAAAAAGGCAUUCGGCAUGUGCUGACAGAAGAACAGUCUGCAACAGUACUGGGAAGUACACUGACACCGAAGAUCGCUGACUUUCAACAACGGCAACCUUCUCGAAUGCAAACGGAGGACACGGACCUCGCUAAGGUCGACGUUUCCCUUGGAAUCCCUGCGACUACACAAAUCGAACUCGAUCGAACCACAGUGUUCUCCGAGGACAAAUAG